UUUGAUACAGAAAAUCUUUUCAAAGAACGAACAGGGAAGAAAAACCCUAAUUCCACAUUAGGAAAGUCUAUUUUAUUUCAGACACUUCUUCUUCUCUCUUCGAUCUGUGGAAAUUCAGACACAGAAUCGAGAGAUCAAUUUCUUGACUCUUUUCAAGAUCUGUGUUGAAGAAGAAGAGGGGGUGCUAGGAAAGCAUAUGCAACUCUAUCCAAGUCUGUUAUAGAGAAUAAUUAAGAAUGAGGACUGGAGAACGUGUUGCUAAUUUGGCUCUUUUAGGAUUAUCUUUGGCACCCCUUGUUGUGAAGGUAGAUCCAAAUUUAAAUGUUGUUUUGACAGCUUGUCUAGCAGUUUAUGUGGGUUGCUACCGGUCUGUCAAGUCAACCCCACCUACAGAGACUAUGUCAAACGAACAUGCUAUGCGAUUUCCAUUAGUUGGGAGUGCAAUGCUUUUAUCACUAUUUUUACUCUUCAAAUUCCUUUCAAAAGACUUGGUUAAUGCUGUAUUAACAUGCUACUUCAUUGUGCUGGGGAUCAUCGCGCUCUCGGCUACAUUGGUACCUGCAAUUAGUCGUUUUCUUCCAAAACUUUGGAAUGAUGAAGUUAUCGUCUGGCAUCUACCAUACUUCCGCUCUGUGGAGGUUGAGUUCACGAGGUCUCAGCUAGUUGCAGCAAUCCCAGGAACUUUUUUCUGUGUAUGGUAUGCUAAACAGAAGCAUUGGUUGGCUAACAAUGUAUUGGGCCUUGCAUUCUGCAUUCAGAUAUGGAACUUUGCUGGAACUAUGAUACUGGAUCAGAAGUGCUUCUUUUUAUGGUUUAAAGCUGGAAUUGAAAUGCUUUCCCUGGGUUCCUUCAAAACUGGUGGCAUUCUCUUGGUUGGUCUUUUCUUUUAUGACAUAUUCUGGGUAUUUUUUACCCCGGUGAUGGUUAGUGUUGCAAAAUCAUUUGAUGCUCCAAUUAAGCUUUUGUUCCCAACAGCAGAUGCUGCUCGACCAUAUUCCAUGCUUGGACUUGGGGAUAUUGUAAUUCCUGGCAUUUUUGUGGCAUUGGCACUUCGAUUUGAUGUUUCAAGGGGAAAAGAAAUUCGAUAUUUCAAUAGUGCAUUCUUUGGUUACGCCCUUGGUAUAGUGCUUACUAUCGUUGUGAUGAACUGGUUUCAGGCUGCACAGCCUGCCCUUCUGUACAUUGUACCAGCUGUAAUUGGAUCUUUGGCAGUUCACUGCUUAUGGAAUGGGGAAGUGAAGCAGCUAUUGGCGUUCGACGAAUCCAAGACUGACGAAUCCAAGACUGCUGCUUCAUCUGAAGAUGGAGAGUCUAGUAGUAGUAUUGAUGAUUCCAAAUCAAGUAAGAAAGAUGAGUAAAAGGAGAACGUCAAAAGCUUGCCUAGAGAUAAAGAUAUGAACAUUUUUACUUCGGGUACAUUACAAAGAAAAGGAAUGCUAUUUGAACUUAACGUUUAGAGAACCCCAGCUUAAUGAUGCCGUUGGGCUCUCGGCUAGACUGACUUAUGAAAACUGAUAGGGAGAAUGGUUUAAGGAUGGGAUGCCAUUUUAUGUAACAGAUUUUGGUAUCAAAAAGUAAUAAAUUAGAUAAUAGUUAAUUUAUAAAAUACUAUGUAUUACUGCUCAGCGUAGCCUUCCACUCUUAGAUCCAUAUGAUUCCCUUUUCCUGAAAUCAAGUACUAUAUAUACUCAUGUUUUCUAGCUCAAUUACAACUUGGCAA